AUGAACGACAUCAUCAAAGCCAUUCAUCUUAUGGGCCAGAAAUCUAAAAAUGUCAAACUGAGGAAGAGCAGUACGUGCGACCGAUGUUUGUCAACAUGGCCAAAAGUACCCUUCGAUGAAGUCAGUGUGGAUAUCUUCAGAAUCGAAGAAAGAGCAGAAGAGCUACUGUUAUCGACAUCUGGAAGUCUAGAAGUACACGAAACCCUCGAGGGGUCACACGUUGAUUUUGAUACAAUAAAGAUCUGGCUUGAAGAAUGCGACUCGCAUAUUCGGUGCACGUCCGGUGUACGACAAAAACCGCAGAAUCUAAAAGUCAUCGACUGUAUGGAAAGAGCUGUCAUUUCAGCACCCAUGAACUGCCAGUAUGUGGCUUUGUCAUAUGUAUGGGGUGGCUUGGUCUUCAAGACAGACUCGACAUCCGGACUUUUGCCUAGGUAUCGGUAUCUCUGGGUUGACGCUUUCUGUAUAAAUCAAGAUGACGCAGAGGAUAAGCAUCAUCAAAUUCAACAGAUGGACUUGAUAUAUACCUCAGCGAUGCUCACCCUGAUCGCCGCGGCAGGCAAUGACCCCUCUUAUGGCCUACCAGGUAUAAGUAAUGCACGGAAGUUAAGGUAUCUAGAAACUGCUAUUGGAAAUGUGUCGAUAUCAUUUACUCCAAAGGCGGUCUACGAUGCUGUUGCCGAUUCCCCAUGGUUCACACGGGGGUGGACAUUCCAGGAAGGCUAUCUUUCACGCAAAAGACUGUACUUUACUGAGAGUGGUGUGUUGUACAUUUGUAGGAAAUCGUAUGAACACGAACGCUUUUGUCGUGGUCUUGCUGGAUCGGGUGUCUCUAUGCUCAGAGGUAGCGUGGACUCGCGAGCCUUCGAGAUUGAGGACGAUGGACAUAGGGUGCUCCACGAAGUCAUGCGAUUGCUGGAGCAGUACAUGACACGUCAACUCAGCUACGAGACUGACGUUUUGAACGCGAUACUGGGCGUCUUGAACUACCACCAUACAAGAAACCUGUCUAUUGGAACCAUAUGUGGCCUGCCAUACCAAACAUCGAUUGCUGGCCCGGGUAUAAUAUGCCUAAAUUGGCGGCACGACAGACCCGCUACCAGACGACUAGGAUAUCCUAGUUGGUCACCAUUUGGCUGGGUAGGCCCUGUCAGGUUUUCACACAUUGAUUACCAAUUCCAUCCAUCGGAAAAGGACGAUGCCACCUUUUCUUACCACAUUCGAGAUGGGUCUGCGAACUGGAACCAUCUGGACACCUUACAGUACUUACAAAUCACUGUCAGUGUUCAUGAUCUACCCAUCGUAAACUUAGUACGGUCAGAUUCGGAAGACUUGAAUGGCAUGCUUUCAGAGCGCCUGAGAACGAUGCUAGUGGUUCCUGCUGGCGGUACUAAGGUGAAUCAUGGAAAGCUUAAUUAUUACAUGGAUAUCACGUGGGAUACAGACCCACCUGAUCACUACAACAACACCCGGGUCACAUGCGCAAUCUUCGACGAUCAUCAAGUCGUACCUAGUUGGCUGAUGAUACUAAGAAACCACGAAACCCAUUACGAACGUAUAGGGUUCGCGUCACGCGCAACCAUGUUAAGAGCAGGAGGAUUCCACGAGUUGGCUUUUACUACCAAUGGCAUACCGACCCUGCGCCCUAUGGAGGGUACGACGGCUUACCCGUAUGGUGGUGGUGGUAGAGAUAAAAAAGAUUUUAUCUGGCUGCAAGACAUCACAAGAAAAGUGACUAUCACUCUUGGCUAA